CUUCUUAUAUUUGUCAUUUUCUACCUGUGUGUCUGUCUGACAGCCUGUUGCAGUGGAUCCUGUCAGCAUGUCGGCAGCCGGACGGACUCUUUGCUGUCUGCUCCUGCUCUGGAGGAGAACCUCAGCUCAGGGUUCAGAGCUGCGCUGCUCUGUGGCCGGUCCGGUGGGGGAGCUGCACCCUGUUCGGGGUCUCCUGGAGACGUUUGAGGCAGGUCCAGGCUGUGCUGCUCGAGAACGAGGAGACAAGGAGACUCAUGUCGUUGCGGUGAGGAGGUCGACGAACAGCCCUGAAAACAAGGUGACGGUGUUGCUGAAGCCAUUGUCGCCGUCACCUGUCAGAACUCUGCACCUGCUGCUCAGCUCCAAGCUGCCCGUCAGCUGGUGGCUGGAGGCCGAGAGACUCCCGACCAAUCUGCCAGUGCACGUGCAGGUGUCCUCAAACUCCAGCGUUCAGUCCCGCACGUUGCAUGUGCUCGUCCACGUGGUGCAUCCGUUACCGUUUCGUCCACGUGCACUGCACCGCUGGGCCCUGAAACACCAUGGCAACAUCUCAUCUCUUACGCACUCAACACAUGGCAACCGAGUCUACAUCCGCCUGGGAGAGGAUCCAACAUUAUCUCCUGUGUGCCAGCUUCAGUCCACGUUCCUCUCACACAACUUCCUGACCUCUGACCUGCGGCCUCAGGAGGUGAAGGGCUGCUCCCGCUCCGCAGCUGCUGGGAUCCACCCUGCGGUCCACGUGAUCAAGCUCCACUCUGCAGGAUCGGGACUCUGCGGCUCUCUGCAGGUGGAGGUGAUCGUCUCCCUCGUUCCCCCGGUGGCCAACUCCGGGGUGCAGAAGAUUGUGCUGAUUCUCAGCAGCUCGGUCUCCGUCAACUGGGCCAUCGUUGCUCAUGGUGUCCAGGGUCACAUCUCCGUUCAUUCGUCCAACAGUGUGUCCCCACCGUUCCCCCCUGAGCCUGACCUGACCCUGUCCAGCACACUUGACUCUGACCUGUCCACCGUGUCCGACCUUCUUGUCUGGGCCAAUGAGAGCGGCUACGCCAAGGUGACCUCAUACACUGAGGCUGACCUGGCCAAUCGCUUUGUGAUCCAGCUGGCUGGGGGCGGGACAGACGUCCUCGCAGUGAGGACUCCUGUGGUUGUGAGGCCACCCUGGGCCGAGGAGCGCAGGCUGAGGCAGUGGCUGAACGGUGGAGACAGAGCGGGAGGCCGAGAGAGUUUCACGGUGCAGUGUGAGGACGGACGCCUCAGCGUGACCGUGGACCGAAGCGUCCUGCAGACCUUGUCCGUCCCCGUGGUUACCGUGACUCUGCAGGACCCGGCGUGCCAGGCUCAGUCUAACGGGAGUCAUUUCCUGUUGGUGUUCCCAGUCAUUUCCUGUGGGACUGAGGGUCUGUUCGUGGGACAGCCCAGAGUGGUGCAGUACAAAAACAUGAUGUUACUGUGGAGGGACAAACCUCAGGCUGUUGUUGCCGUCAAUGAGACGGAGAGGACGUCCAAAAGUCCACUGGGCAUCCGUUUCAGCUGUUUGGCUGCAGCUCCCAGCGUCGCCGGCCCGGCUGCCGGUGACGUCGAGGAGGCAAACACUCCUCGCGCCGGACUCGUCCCCUGGGCACCGGAUCCAACUCUGAGCCACCUCCCGACCCCCAGACACAGACCUGGGCCUGUGCUGAUUUUGACACUUUUUGUCACUGAGGAUUAUGAACAGACGCGGAAUGGCCCCUGUGUCGUCACUGCAGGCCACCGCGUUUAUGUCGAGAUUUCAGCCAAAGGGCCCCUCCCAGAGGCUGUGGAGGUGACGUCCUGUGUGGUCUCUCCUCUGUCGGACCCCAAAAAAACCCCUUUCUGGACGCUCAUAAGCGAGGGCUGUUCCUCUGACCCCUCUCUGACCCUCAGCGCAGAGGCAGCAGACAAAGAGGAGGAGGAAGAGGCUGAAGGCGAACCGGAAGAGAUGGAGAGAAUGAAGAAGAACAGAAUUUAUCACGGGGACGUCCCAACCCGACACAAAUCUGAGCGCCGGAGGAGAGGAGCUCCUGCGAGGACGGAGAGGAGCAGCCGAGACACGGCAGCAGAGGAGGGGACACGGCUGCUGAGGUUCAGUUUCAUCCUGCGACCGGUUCACAAUAAUUCCGUGCAGUUCCUCCACUGCAGCGUCCACAUGUGCAACUCUGACUCCACCAGAGGGGGAGCCACUGAGGAGCCGCCAAAGAACGAGUGUGAGGGCGGACUGCGUAUUCCAGCUCUGGUGUCUAAGGACCCUACACAUCAGUGUGAGAUCAGGAACUUGUACCGGCCGAUGGUCGUCACCCAGUCCAUCAGCUCGCUGGCCCCCAAGCUGCUGAGGCCCCCUGGUGGCCCGAGAACCAAGAGACUGAGUGUGUCUCCUCUGGCGAGUCCAGGGCCACGGCACAGCAACUCCGUGGUGCAGACGGGACCGGUGAUUGGCGUCAUGUUUGCGGCCUUCAUGAUGGGCGUCAGCCUGAUGGGGGGGCUGUGGUGCAUCUACAACUGUACAGCGAGGAGUCCGACCUUACUUGGAGGUGAAGGUCAACUAACAGAGCAGACUCAUGGAGGCCCCAACACCUGGAAUCCACCUCUGCUGUCGGAUCAGUCGUCCAGCUCGGUGUAGAGGUAACAUCUGAU